CGGCGGCGGCGGCGGCGCUGACACCUCCCACCAUGGACAGCUUCGACUUAGCCCUGCUCCAGGAAUGGGACCUCGAGUCGCUGUGUGUCUAUGAACCAGAUAGAAAUGUGUUACGGAGGAAAGAACGAGAAAGAAGAAAUCAGGAAACGCAACAGGAUGAUGGCACAUUUAAUUCGAGUUACUCUCUCUUCAGUGAACCUUACAAGACUAACAAGGGUGAUGAGCUCUCCAACCGGCUCCAGAAUACUUUAGGCAAUUAUGAUGAAAUGAAAGACUUUUUAACUGAUAGAUCUAAUCAGAGUCAUCUCGUUGGUGUUCCCAAACCUGGGGUUCCUCAGGCUCCUGUGAACAAGAUUGAUGAACAUUUUGUUGCAGAUUCAAGAGCCCAGACCCAGCCCUCGUCUGUCUGUAGCACUGCAUCUUCCACACCAGUAGCUGUCCCCGUGCAGCAGAGUAAGAGGGGCACCAUGGGCUGGCAGAAGACUGGGCAUCCACCAUCUGAUGGCCAAGAGAGAGCAACACAACAGGGCUCUCUCAGGACCUUGCUUGGCGAUGGUGUCGGCAGACCGCAGUCACGGGCCAAACAAGUGUGCAAUGUAGAGGUUGGUCUUCAGACUCAGGAAAGGCCACCUGCUAUGGCAGCCAAGCACAGUGGCAGCGGACACUGUGUUCAGAACUUUCCUCCAUCCCUGGCUUCAAAACCCAGCGUGGUCCAGCAGAAACCAACUGCAUAUGUGCGGCCGAUGGAUGGCCAAGAUCAGGCUCCUGAUGAAUCUCCGAAGCUUAAGUCAUCCACAGAAGCCAGCGUGCACUGCACAUCAUACAGGGGAGUCCCAACCACCAAGCCAGAGUCUGCCAGAGCCAAGGCCAAGCUUUCCAAGUUCAGCAUUCCCAAACAAGGAGAGGAGAGUAGAUCUGGAGAAACCAACAGCUGUGUUGAAGAAAUAAUUCGGGAGAUGACCUGGCUUCCACCACUUUCUGCUAUUCAAACACCUGGCAAAGUAGAACCAAGCAAAUUUCCAUUUCCCAAUAAGGACUCUCAACUUGUUUCCUCUGGACACAAUAAUCCAAAGAAAGGUGAUGAUGAGCCAGAGAGUCCAGACAAUGGCACAUCAACUACAUCCUCUCUGAGAUGGUUAUCGCCGGUUACAGAUAAGGGAAAUGAUGCACAGAGAGGAAUGCUAGAAGAUGACCUUAAGCUAAGUAGUGAUGAAGAAGAGAACGAACAGGCAACCCAGAGAACUGCUCUCCACGCUCUGUCUGACAGCACCGUGGUCCAGCAGACCAACUGCAGAGCCUCUGUGCCUUCCAGCAAGGGCAGCAGCAGCGGCAGCAGCAGCAGCGGCAGCAGUUCCUCCAGUGACUCGGAGAGCAGCUCUGGAUCCGACUCGGAGACCGAGAGCAGUUCUAGCGAGAGUGAGGGCAGCAAGCCUCCCCACUACUCCAGUCCCGAGGCUGAACCAGCGUCCUCUAACAAGUGGCAGCUGGAUAAAUGGCUCAACAAAGUUAAUCCUCACAAGCCGCCUAUUCUGAUCCAAAAUGAAAGCCACGGGCCCGAGAGCAGUCAAUACUACACCCCGGUGAAAGACGACGUGCCGGACUGUGGGAAGCUUCCCGACGUCUGCCCACCCGGGCCGCGGGAGAAGGACGUCAAGAGCGCCUGCAAGGAGGAGCAGAGGCCGAGGACAGCGAACAAGGCCCCGGGCAGCAAGGGCGUGAAGCAGAAGUCCCCGCCCGCGGCCGUGGCCGUGCCCGGGACGGCAGCCGCCCCGCCGCCCGCGGUGCCCGGCGCGCCCCCCGAGAGCGCGCCUGCGCCCGCCCGGAGGGCCGCGGGCAAGAAGCCCACCAGGCGCGCCGAGAGGACCUCCGCCGGCGACGGCGCCAGCUGCCACCGGCCCGAGGAGCCCGCGGACGCCCCGGGCGCGAGCGUGGUGACCCCGCCGGAGCCCGCCAAAGCCAGGCCCUGCGCCACCAGCAGAACCGGCCACCGCAAGGAGCUGCGCUCCUCCGUGACCUGCGAGAAGCGCCGCACGCGGGGGCUGAGCAGGCUCGCCCCCAAAUCCAAGGAGUUCAUUGAGACAGAGUCGUCCUCCUCGUCCUCCUCGUCGGACUCGGACCUGGAGUCGGAGCAGGACGAGUACCCUCUGUCCAAAGCGCAGGCCGUGGCCGCCGCCGCCGCCGCCGCCGGGAGUGACCCGAGGCUGAAGGAGGCUGCCAACAGCACCAGCAGUGGCGGCGGCCCCCGGGCCCCCGUAGGCUCCAUCAACGCCAGGACCACCAGCGACAUCGCCAAGGAGCUGGACGAGCAGUUCUACACGCUGGUCCCCUUCGGCCGGAACGAGCUUCUCUCCCCGCUGAAGGACAGUGAUGAGGUCAGGUCUCUCUGGGUCAAAAUUGACCUGACCCUCCUGUCCAGGAUCCCAGAACACCUGCCCCAGGAGCCGGGGGUCUUGAGCGCCCCUGCCACCAAGGACGCUGAGAGCGCACCGCCGAGCCACACAUCCGACGCCCCUGCCGAGAAGGCUUUGCCAAAAUCCAAGAGGAAACGCAAGUGUGACAGUGAAGACGACUAUCGGGAGAUCAAAAAGGCCCAGGGGGAGAAAGAGAGCUCUUCACGACUGACCGCCUCAGCCAAUAACACCUUGUCUGCGAACCACUGCAACAUGAGCAUCAACAGCUUGGCAAUACCAAUAAAUAAAAAUGAAAAAAUGCUCCGGUCGCCCAUCUCGCCCCUCUCCGAUGUAUCCAAACACAAACACUUGAGCGAGGACUUCACUUCUUCCAGCAGAUCCAACAGCAAUGGUUUGUUGUCUUCCGCCUCCUCCAACAAAAAGCAUAAGGCUGAGAACCAGCUGCAGUCUCAUGCCGGAGACCUCACGAAAGCCGCUCACAACGGUUCCGAAAACGUUCUCCACAAGUCACGGCCACAGACUGAGCCGUGGUCUCCGGGAUCCAGUGGCCACAGGGACUGCAAGAGGCAGAAACUUGUCUUCGAUGAUAUGCCACGCAGUGCAGAUUAUUUUAUGCAAGAAGCUAAACGAAUGAAGCAUAAAGCAGAUGCAAUGGUGGAAAAGUUUGGAAAGGCUCUGAACUACGCUGAAGCAGCCCUGUCAUUUAUUGAGUGUGGAAAUGCAAUGGAACAAGGCCCAAUGGAAUCCAAAUCUCCUUACACAAUGUAUUCAGAAACAGUAGAGCUCAUCAGGUAUGCUAUGAGACUAAAAACCCACUCAGGCCCCAAUGCCACACCAGAGGAUAAACAAUUGGCUGCAUUAUGUUACCGAUGCCUGGCUCUCCUUUACUGGCGGAUGUUUCGACUCAAAAGGGACCAUGCUGUAAAGUACUCAAAAGCACUUAUCGACUAUUUCAAGAAUUCAUCGAAAGCUGCCCAAGCCCCAUCUCCAUGGGGGGCCAGUGGAAAGAGCACUGGAACCCCAUCCCCCAUGUCUCCCAACCCCUCUCCCACCAGCUCCGUGGGGUCUCAGGGGAGCCUCUCCAAUGCCAACGCCCUGUCCCCUUCCACCAUCGUCAGCAUCCCACAGCGCAUCCACCAGAUGGCAGCCAACCACGUCAGCAUCACCAAUAGCAUUCUCCACAGCUACGACUACUGGGAGAUGGCGGACAACCUGGCCAAGGAAAACAGAGAAUUCUUCAACGACCUGGACCUGCUCAUGGGGCCUGUUACCCUGCACAGCAGCAUGGAGCAUCUGGUCCAGUAUUCCCAGCAGGGCCUGCACUGGCUACGGAACAGUGCCCACCUGUCAUAGGGACCUCGCCCUUGAGCUGGAUUGUGCUCUCUUCUCCAUGGACAGCUCAAUGUUUCUGGACACUGUGCUACUGAAAUUCCCAGCCACAGCAUUUUUCAAACUGCAGUGAAUAUUUUCUCAGCAUCCCAAUGGUCUUUUCCCAGGGCAUGUGUGUUUGUAUGUGUGGGUGUAUAAGAAGCUGCCUGUGUAUGUGUGUAACAUACACACCUCUUUAGAACACAUUUUCUUUGUCUAGUUUCCAUAGUCCCAGGCUAGGCAAAGUGAUCAAAGGUUUCUGAUUAUGGAAAAUACACUUACACACACACACACACACAAUCACACACACACACUUUCUAUUUCAAAGCUAAACCAUGACUUCUUAGAACAUUCAACCAAAAUCUCAUGGGUUAGUUAACCAGGUGCAAUACAGCACACCAAAAGCUCGACUGCCAGUUAAGAUGAACCUAGUUCUUAUACUAUUGAUUACUUUCAGUAUUAAUAUACUAUCCCCCAAUUAUUUUUUGAUUGUGUAUAUUAAUGGGUAAUUUAAUAAUGAAAAUGUCAGUUAUUUUUGUGCUGGACGUUUACUAGAUGGUGUGUUACCAAAAACUCUGACGUUUACCUAAUACCCGCCCCCUCCGUCCAAUUUUAUUAUCAACAAAACGCAUUAUAAGCAAAUGAAUCAACUCCCACAGGCCUGCCCUGCCCUCAAAAUAGUGUGAAAAUGGCACUGAGAUUUGGUAAAAACUCAGUGCCUCUGAAAGUUAACCCACACACAUUAAAGCAGCGACAACUAUGAUUUGGAGCUCAGUUAGGAAUUGAAAUGUUCUGCCCAUGCAACAACAAGCCCGUCCAGCACGUGUUUCUUCUUCCUGCCACUGUGACACGGCAGCUGUAGAGCCUCGUGGCUUUUGUCGGCCGAUGUUUUUCAAAUCUUUUUUUUUCCGAAAUAGCUUUCUUACAAAUUUUCUUGGCCAAAUUAGGCCAUUACCUAGAAUGUCCCUUCACUAGGAGUCUGUAUCUGUUGCUUAUCAGGCUGAGAACUAUUUGCUUAUCGUGAUACUGUCUAAUCCUCUCACUCUUCAUGCAGAAUGUGCCUCUGCAGGCCUUUAAUGCAUUUUGAUCUGGGGGAUGUGUUUCAGGCUUUGAUUAGCAAGCCGCUUACUGUGCAGGGUAAGUUAUUCCUGCAAUGAUUGCAACUCUGUUUGGGGUAGCAAUAGCCAGAACACCAUGCUUCCAUCCUGUGCGUCUGAUAUAUUUACGUCCUGCCCUUGAUUCUUUUCUUUUCUUUUUUUUUUAAUUAAGUUUACAUUUUAGUUUUUUGACGUCUUGUUUACAGGUUUUGUCUGAAACUUAUUUCUAUUAUAGUCUCUUGCCAUGCCCUAGACUUAGUCUUCUUAUUAAAUCUAUUUGGAUAUAAAAAUAUUGGUAAAAAGAAAAACUCUUGAAAACGAGGAUAAACCUUGCCACACUUGAAGAACAAAAAUAAUGUCCUUGAGGCCUCCCACUUGACAAAAUUGCACCAGGACAGUCUGAGAAAGACAGGUGAUGCGAUAUGUGGAACGAUCCAUUUUUCAAGGUGAUGGUGGCACAAAACACUUUUAAUAGAUACUGAUAUAUGCUUUUGCUGAUGGUCUUACCGGUUUGAUUGCAAUGUUAACAUUUUUGUCAGCCUGAUCUGUAGGUGGGGAAAAAACAUUGCUGUAAUUCCCUAGCUGUAAGCACUGAUUCAAAACUGUGCAAAUGAUUGAACAACUUUGGUGAUUUGAAAUUAAUUUGAAAUGAGCAAAUGCAGGGUUUGUGAAAUUUGCAUUUGGCUUUGGCCUUAAGCAUCUGGAACUAUUAACGGUAUUUCUAUGUUACAUUUAUCUAGCUGAGGUGCUUCUUAUAUCCCUUUCAAUAAUUGUAGGUGGAGUUCACAAUCCCAUCCUGUUGGGAAUUUGAAUCUAACUUAAGAAAUUUGGAAUUUUUUUUUGUUUUUUCAGAGGACUGAGGUUUGGUUCUACUUGCUCUUGCUGAAUUCUGAUGAAAUGUUCAAACUCUCACAUAAAGGGAUGACCUUCAGGGUCCAUCGGGCAGCCCCGGGGUGCUUUUCUGGUUUUGCCCAUCUUUAAAGUUGCAGGCCUUGUUGUCUGGUACCCAUGUGAUGGGCUUGCCCAUGAAACUCCACUUAAACACACAGGUAACCUCUGGCUGAUUGUGCCAACAGCACUUUAUCAGCACUUUGGUGACCCAUGUUUUUCAAAAAAAACUUGAAACUGGUCAUUUUGGGGAUGGUCAGAGCAUGCCGUUCCUCUCUCUGUCUUGCAUUUCAUCGGUAGAGCGUGUCGGGGCAACGGUUCUUGUUUGCUUUGCCGUAGAUGAUUUUGGUAAGGAGCCAUCUUCUGAUUGUUGUUUGUGAAAGUCAUUCAGAACUUUUUCCUUUUAUUUAGUUUUGUUCAAAGUAGAAAUAUCUUUCUUGUGUUCUCUGAUUAUAAAAGUAAUACAUGCUCAUUGUAAAAAUUCAAACAAUACAGAAAUGUAUAGAGUAGAAAGUAGUAAGUCCCAUCCUCUGGAGACAACCACUGCUCACCAUUUCAUGUAUAUCUUUCUAGAGAUUCUCUCAUUUAAACAUAUAAUGUCUAUUAUCAUUUUUUUAUAUUUGAAGGGAUAUUAUUUCCUCAGAAGUUCAACACAAGUUCAACUGACCUUAUCCUUCCAUGACCUGAAUGGAUGCCAUCCUUUAUCACAAUGUUAGCAUUCUCUUUGAGAGUAACCCAAAUAUAUUCUUGAUCAAAAUUUGGGAUUUGUAACUACUCUACACAGAUCAGACUUAUGUGCAGAAUUGUGCCUGGAAAGAGAGGUUUGGUUAAAAGAGAUAUUUCUGGAAACUUUUAAACUACAAAUGGAAACUCAGACCCACUAUCUAAAGAGGAAUGUACUGGAAAAAUAAUCUGAAGAGUUGACAAAUUGUGUACUAGAUUGAACACAUGGAAUGCAAUGCAAUGAGAUUUUCUGCACUAAAACUUAUUCUAGUAUGUACAACAAUGAUGUGUGUAUUAUAUAACAGUGAUGUGUACAUUUCUGACAUCCCAUACCUAAUAUACACACUUUGUAUAAAUGCAUACAUUUAAAAAUAUAUAUGUACAAUACAGCUAACAUAAAACUGUAGUACGCCUGAAGGAUAUUACUAGUGCCUAAUAUUGAGUAUGUCACUGCGUGUUCAAAUCACCUUGGAAGUGCAGUAAUUGUUAUAAAAUUAAUCAGUGCAGCCAACCUUAUUUAUGAAUCACAUCUUUGAAACUGUGCAGUAGUAUAUACAUAUAUAUUUUUAAAUAACAUUUUUCACAGUUUUCCAGAGUUACUGUUGAAAUCUGUAUCACCAAAAAAAAAAGAAAGCAAGAUUUUUUUAAUGAGGUAGACACUCUUCAGACCCAGUAAUCUGUGUGUGAUUUUCUGUUUGUAGAUAACCAAGAGACUUUAGCAGUCACCAGCCUUAAUGCAUGUACAGGAUAUUAUUGUGACUUAAUUUAUCUGCGAUUUUUAAUCCAUGUGAAAUUGGAAUUUAUAAACUGACUUGGAUUAAAUAUGUCUGCCUUUCUAAGGUUGCAAAUGUUACAUUAAAUGAUUUAUGUUGUAAAUGAGAGAAAUCGAGUUGUAUGUAAAAAAUGUCCACCAAUUUCUGUGAAUAUUUUUACAAGGAAACUUCAGAAUCAAAAUACGUUUAAAUAAGUAUUCUGAUCCCCAGUUCAUAAUCUCUUGAGAAGCGAUUUUGUUGUUACAUGAAUUUUUAAGUGUAGCUUCCACGGAUUAUUAUUACUAAGUCUGAUAUUUUUCACUGGGAAAAAAAAAGUAUGUUUUUCUUCAUUAUAACUAUAGUUUACUAUUUGUCUUUCCCGUUUCCCAGCACAUGUACACACAAGCAUGCGUGCGUGAGAACACACUCCAACGUCCCAGAAAGCGCUGAAUAGGAAGCUUGAGUUCAUAUUGAUGCCUGUGCAACCAGUAGUUCUGGGACACUUGUACUCAACCGUCCUUAAUGAUACACGUUAGUUCCGGCUUGUGUGUGCUGGGUUUUUCCAACUCAAACCAACGUGGUGAAAUAAUGUUGGCAAUAUUUGGUUGAGUAAAAUAAGAGAAUUUUGAACUAAUGAAGAUGGAUAUAUUAGACCAGUGGCUUGCCAUGAUCUAUUCCCUUGUGUGGAAGAGGUUUUUGUUAACCUCAUUUUUGUUCUUCUCUCCCCCCUUUUUCAUUCCCCUCCUCCCCAAACUAAACUAAACAAAGAAGCAGAAACAGCAACAAAAACAAAACGAUUACUUCACCUUACCUAGCCCAUAUCCUUAGAUUCAGAUACACCUUGUCAUGAAGCAGAACCCUAGCUCCGGGUCACCAUGGAGACCGCCUCAUCCCAAAGAUGGCCAGGAGGGGCACUUGGCUUUGCUUGCUCCGGGGACCACGGAGCUUGGUACUCUCUCCGGGAUGGUUUGAGCUAAGAAACACCCAACAGUCCUUCAAGAACUGCCUUUCUCUUAGGCAAUUUUGCCUGCUACUCAGCUGAAGUCUGUUCCUAUCAGAAUCGUAUUUUUAAGAAGUAACACAUUUUUGGUGAAAUCUGGAUCAACUGGAGUCUUGAACGACAUUUUUUUUUUAAGUGAAAAAAAAAACAGCAUAAACUGCAUUUCCAACAAUUUGGACUCAGAGUUUAUUUCCUCCUUUUCCCAUUCCUAGAAGAGCACAGUUUUUCCAUAUUAUAACUUCCUGACAAAUAGCACAAGAAAUGUUCAGAUUUGAGAUUUGUGUUCUCUUUGUCCAAACUGAAUUAUUCUGUAUGUGUCAUCAAGGGGUCAAUUUGUUUGCUUGGCAUGGGGAAUAUUAUAAAACUCUGCUCUCAAACUAAUUACAUCUGACCACGGUUUUGGUUUUUAUUAUUUAAUUGGCACUCGGAGGCAGCAGGGGGUAAAUUUUGGGCAGGCUGCAAGGGGAUUUAGC